CUGACGGUACCCACAGCACCAGGGACAGACAGCUCAUUGGGCCGGGGAGUCCAGGCCUGCAGCUCUCAGCUGCCUCCCCGCGCAUGGCUGGCACCGUGCUCGGCGUGGGGGCUGGCGUGUUCAUCCUCGCCCUGCUCUGGGUGUCAGCGCUGCUGCUGUGUCUGCUGCUGUCCAGAGCCUCAGGUAUAGCUAGGUUCUCCGUCAUUUUCGUGCUCCUCGGUGCUCUGAUCAUCACGGCAGUUCUGUUGCUCUUCCCCCGAGCCAGCGAAUUCCCAGCCCCUGACGCCGAGAUGAAGAUUGUAGAUGCCUUUUUCAUUGGCCGCUAUGUCCUGCUGGCUUUCCUCACUCUUGUCUUCCUUGGGAGCCUUUUCUUGGUUCUAAUCCAUCACAUCCUGGAGCCAAUCUAUGCCAAACCACUACGGUCCUACUGAGCCAUCUUCAGGAAAACCAAGACCCUGUUCUUUCCCUCGCUUUGAUGUCACUGAUGAGCAGAAAGGUAUUGUUUGGAGUCUUGUUUUGACAGCCUUCCUGCCUUAAGAUCGGAGAAUCAUCUCUUCAUCACUAAGACAAAUCCCUUGAGUCCUGGCUUCCAGAAACAGGGUUGUAAAAUUGCCCCUGGGGAGAGAUUCUCACCAGCUUAAGAGGGAUAUUGCCGUCUUCUUAGCACCUGUACCUCAGAUUUUCCAUCUCUUUUGAAAAGGAAAUAGCAACAGGGAUCUGCUUAGAAUAGGUUUUCAAUGAAGACUUCAGUAAAUGACUUUUGGGAAAAGGGGCACUUUGGCUUCUGCUGUCAAAUAGACGGAAGGACUUGGUCCUUUUUGAUACUGUGAAAAAUUGUUAGUUACAAGGUCAAGAUCAUUUGGGAAAGAAAGACAAUCAAAGUUCAAAAGGUUAUUUCAGCGUAAUGACCUGGAGACAUAUCCAGGUGCCGGUUAUGGAGCACUCCGCAUAUCAUGACACCAGGCUCCACAAAGGCCAUGGUGUCACUUCCCGCUGCUCCAAGAAAGCAAGCAACAGCAGCUAAAGGACUGGCUUUCACCUUGAACUCCUGGCCACAGCCUUCUAAAUCUAGCGUUUCUAUAUUUCAGGUUUACUCGGGGAUUAGAGGCAGGGUAUGGAAAUGUCACUUGUGUGCCCUGCUGCUCUCUCUGGAUUCUUUUGCUUCCAGGAUUCGGCGGGCUUUGUUCCCUUAUUUGGUUGCCAUAAGAGUCCAUUUGGGGUUACUGUCAUCUCUUUCAUCUUCGCAGCUCUCUCUCCAAAGCUGGUGAGGAAUGUAUAUGCCCAGGCUUAGGUAUAACUUUAUACCUAAGCCCCCAGACCAAGUGAAAUUUGUUAUUAACUAGAGGGGCUCUAGGCUGGUUCCAUUUUGGAAGUCUCAUCCUGGCUCCCUAGAGCUAUUUGAAGAAGGACUUUCUGGCUUAAAAUUAAGAACCAGAAAACAAGUUGGAAAAAGAACUUUGAUUGAGUACAUGCUAUAUGCCAGUAGUACACUAAUCUAAUUUUUUUAUUUUUACACAGAUGUAAAUGACAGGCUUGUGUGUUAAGGGCAAAUAUAUGCUUCAUACAAAGGCUA